ACUAAUACUUGCACUUUUCAAUAUGGAGGACAGCUGUGAACGAAAUACUGUUGCAAACGUAAAAUUUACUUCUUUGUCUACUUAUUUGUAAAACGAAAUUUAGAAUAAAAGCCAUGGAUGAACUGGUAACUGACCUUAGCAGUGCUCUGGAUAGAACGAAUGAUCCACCAUCAGCGCAUUCUGAUACAACAAUCGGAACGAGAGAGUCGCCAUCAGCAACCCCCGUUCGGAAAGCACCACGGAAGAGGCGAGGAAGAAAACGUCGAUCGGAUUAUCCACCGUUCCGAGAUCGUCCUAAAGUUAGUGCUGAAAGCAAUGAUUCAGUAGAAGAAGCCUUGAUGGAUUACAUCGAAAAUAUAUCCAUGUGCCAAAGCGAUUCUGAGGAAGAAACGUCGUUUACGAAACGUUUGUUGAAAGUUCAACUUCAUGGCCGCGAAAAUCCAGAUCCUUACCCUGUGCAGGAAAAGGAGAAAGGAGAGAGUGACUCGGUCAGCGAUCCUUUAGUAGGGUUUACGAAACGCAGAAAGAAACGAAAGAGGAAGCUGAAAAGAGUGUCGGCUGCUCAGUCGUUGAACGAUCGGGAUUCUCCGUUGGGUUUACUGGGGAAUAAUUUAAAAUCUCUCAGCAGGACAAGGAAACGCAAAGUGUGUGGAAAAUCUGCUAUGGGAAGCGAAAUACACAACAGUCUUAAACGACGCGACGAGGAAGGUAGUUUAGCUGAUAUUGAAAAUGGUUUGAGUAGUGGAUGUGGGGAACCCAUGGAGACCAAUAUUUCUUCUAAUCAUUUCUACAAGUUACCUUCCAAAUUACACGCUAACGCUCAGUUUGCCAAACCUUUAGACCAAUCUUUGCAACAUGUAUCUUCGUGGGUAGACCUUGAGGACGGCGAAGAAAGAAUGAUGAUCAUAGCGCCGGCUCGGCGUAAAACUGAAUCAUAUGAAUCCUCUGGAGAGAGUGAUCUUGAAGGGUUUUUUACAAAUGACGAGGGCCGGCUUGGAGACGAUGAAAAAGAAGAAAGCUCGUUUGAAUGUGAUGUACGAAUUAAUCCGUGGUGGAACGAAAAAAGUGCAAGUGAUAUGGAGGAAGAAAAGUUCCAGAACAUUGUAAAUGGAGUUAUGGACGAAUACAGAAGGCCUAUUGUAGCUGGUGCCGAAGGAAAGUUUGGCUUGGGUCUUCAAGGGAGAUUAAAGAAAAAUUUUAAAACACCUGGACAGGAGACUUCAUUGGGAGAGCUCGACAGGAAUAUUGCAGUCUUCAUGCAGAAUGAGAAAUGGAUGGAAUUGUCUGUUUUUCCUUCAAACAAGAUGGAAAGGGCACAGGUAUACCAGUGGGCAUCUUUAUAUUCUCUUCAAUGUCGAUCAGAUCCAGCUCAGAAAGGGAGAGUAUUACUGUGUAAAACAAGGCAUCCCAACAGACCAGGUGCAGAAUCAAAAAGGCGAAGGAAAAUGCCGCCACCGGUAGACGGCUUGCAUUCCACAUCAACAGUUGGGGGGGAAGCUAAUCCAAUACCUUCAUCCAACAUUGGAAACCAGAUGUUGCGCGUCAUGGGUUGGACACCAGGGACUGGACUCGGAGCUGACAGAAGUGGAAUCCAGGACCCNACUUUUAAUGAUUUAGGCAUUGUCUUAAAUAAAGUUACCUUGAUUGGCGUCCACAUGUAA